CAAGCACUCCACUUGGAAGGGGAGCCCAAUCCUUCUGCAGCCCCAACAUCCACUUUAGCACCUAGGAAAAUGCCCAAAAGAUGCUGAUAUCAACACCCAAACUCCCAGAAUCAUUAUGUUUCUUUCAUUUUGUUGGCAGCAUUUCAAUAUCCAAACAACUGGCUUCAAUAAAAGCUCUGAGGAAGGGCUCAGAUCUGGAAAAAGCCAUCGCCACUGCUGCUUUAAUUUUCAGAAACUCUUCUGAUCCUGAUGGUAAACUUGGAAAAGCUACUGCCAAAAAUCUGCUGCAAACCCGAUUUCGGAAUUUCACAGAGGGCCAAGAAACCAAAGCAAAAUACAAAUACCUCCUUUCUGAACUUGACGAGCAUACAGAAAAUAAACUUGAUUUUGAGGAUUUCAUGAUCUUGCUCUUGAGCAUCACUGUAAUGUCAGAUUUGCUACAAAAUAUAUGGAGUGUAAAGAUUACGAAAUAAACAGCUUUAAAUAUGUAGUUCGACAAAAUAAUAGCAAAAGACAGUGUUAAAUGAUUAAAGAUUUUUCCAUUUUAUUUUUAAUUAAUUGAAUAUACUGAUCAUGCAUCUGGAAUUGCCUGGGAUGGUUCUGAUUGCUAAUAUUCAGACCCAAUAUAACUCUAAAAUUCUAUGCAUACUCUCCAGGAAUGUUUGAAUAAUUUGGUCUGUGGGUGCUUUACAACAUGAUAGAUUUGGUACCACUGAAUAUCACAUUGCUUUUCUGAAGCAGUAGUGACAGAGCACUUGCCUUAUCAUCAUUGAGUCACUCAUUCAUUCAUUCGUUCAUUAAACAGUGUUUGUUGCCCAUCUAUUUGAUGGUACUGCUGAGGAUACAGUAAUGAACCAGCCAGACAAUCUCUGCCCUGUGACAUGCCUGCAGAAAUCUAGCAGAAGAGAUGGACACUGAACAAUUUAUUAAUAUACAUAUAUAUACAGUGUAAUUAUAAUUGUGGUAAGGGCCGCAAGAUGCUGACAGAGCUCUUAUCACCUGACCUGGGCUCAAAGGUCAGAGAAGCUUUACUGACAUUCUGCAAAAGGCAAAACUACAGGGGGAAAAAAAACAGAAGAGUGGUUGCCAGGGCU